AUGGCGGUUAACACCUUUGCCCGCAUGCUCAAGGGCCAGGUCCGAUCUUACUCCGCACCAUUGGAUAUGGCCAUCCCGGCCUCCAAGCAGCGCUAUAUCCCUACCUCAGGCACCUAUCCUCAAGGUUUCUUGGUUUCCGGUACUCAUGUCGGUGUCAAGGCAUCUAACACCAAGUUCCCCGACCUGGCAUUGAUUGCCUCAGAGACCCCAUGCUCCGCCGCAGCCGUUUUCACUACCAACAAAUUCCAAGCUGCUCCAGUUCAGGUCAGCCGGGAGACAUUGCGCAGUCGCAAAGGAGAGGGUAUCCGCGCUGUGGUUAUCAACUCUGGGUGCGCCAAUGCUGUUACCGGAAAGGGUGGUCUCGAGGAUGCAGUUAGCAUGGGUCACACGGCUGACCAGUGCAAUGGCGCCGAGAAGGAUAGCUCUUUGGUCAUGAGUACUGGUGUGAUCGGUCAGCGACUGCCCAUUAAAAAGAUCCUCGACCGUAUCCCAACAGCACAUGCCAACCUUGCCUCAUCGCAUGAUGCCUGGUUAACCACCGCCCGCGCCAUCUGCACAACCGAUACCUUCCCCAAGCUACUCUCCCGCGAGUUCACCCUACCCUCCUCUCCAGACUGCACCUACCGCCUCGCAGGCAUGACCAAGGGUGCCGGUAUGAUCCACCCCAACAUGGCCACUCUACUCGGUGUCCUCUGUACCGACGCAGCAGUCGAACCCGCCGCUCUCCAGUCCAUCCUCAAACACUCUAUCUCCCGCUCUUUCAACUCGAUCUCCAUCGACGGUGACACUAGUACAAACGAUACCAUCGCUGUGCUCGCUAACGGUGCCGCAGGCGGCGAGACCGUCCGCGCACCCUCCUCCGCUGAACCCAGCGCCGACUACCAGGCUCUGCAGACCGUGUUCACCGAUUUCGCUCAGCAGCUUUCACAGCUUGUUGUCCGUGACGGCGAGGGCGCUACCAAGUUCGUGACUGUGCGCGUGCGUAACUCUUCUGACUAUGAGUCUGGGCGCCAAAUCGCUUCUACUAUUGCUCGUUCUCCUCUGGUUAAGACUGCGCUGUACGGUCGUGAUGCUAACUGGGGCCGUAUUCUCUGUGCUGUUGGAUAUACGCAAGGUGUUGCGGAUGGAGUUGUUGUGCCUGAGCGUACAUCUGUGAGCUUCCGCCCUGUUGACGGAAGCCCUACCCUGAAACUGCUUGUUAAUGGCGAGCCCGAGACUGUUGAUGAGGAGCGUGCUAGCGCUAUUCUGCAGAAUGAGGAUCUUGAGAUUGAGAUUGACCUUGGUGGUGGUGAGAAGGGUGCUGCUGGAUGCGGUGGAGAAGACGCUGUCUAUUGGUUCUGCGACUUCAGUCACGAGUAUGUGACUAUUAACGGUGACUACCGUACCUAG